AGCUCCGGCCCCGGACAUAGAAGCUGCCGAGAUGUUGAUGCCCAAGAAGAACCGAAUUGCCAUUUAUGAACUCCUUUUCAAGGAGGGAGUGAUGGUGGCCAAGAAGGAUGUCCACAUGCCCAAACAUCCUGAGCUGGCAGACAAGAAUGUGCCCAACCUUCACGUCAUGAAAGCCAUGCAGUCUCUCAAAUCACGAGGGUACGUAAAGGAACAGUUUGCCUGGAGACAUUUCUACUGGUACCUUACCAACGAGGGCAUCCAGUAUCUCCGUGAUUACCUCCACCUGCCCCCCGAGAUUGUGCCUGCUACUCUGCGCCGCAGCCGCCCUGAGACUGGCCGACCACGGCCCAAAGGUCUGGAGGGAGAGCGACCUGCAAGACUCACACGAGGGGAAGCUGACAGAGACACCUACAGACGAAGCGCUGUGCCCCCUGGUGCCGACAAGAAAGCUGAGGCUGGGGCUGGGUCAGCAACUGAGUUCCAGUUUAGAGGCGGAUUUGGUCGCGGACGUGGUCAGCCACCUCAGUAAAGUUGGAGAUGUUUUGUGUUGAAUAAAUUUGUAGCCAGAAAAAAAAAAAAAAAAAAAAA